AUGUUUGGAACCUCCACAAGUGACGAAGCAAGGAUCGGCGAAAUGGAAUCACACCAAGAGAAUGAGCCGGAAAUGGCCGUGUCUGGGUCAUCGCAGCAGCAAGUCGAAAAUCUCGAAGGCGAGGAUCUCAAUGUUGCCGAAGCUGAAAUCAGUAUUCCCAAGCCAUCUGAAUGGCUCAGUCUGUCCACCUGGGUUGUCCGCAUUGCAAUAUUUGCUGAUGCCAUGAACUCACAGGUUCUUGGACCAAACUAUCCACUCUUAGUAUUGGAAGAAGGAUCUCCUGAAUCAUUCACUUCCACAGAUCCAUUAGGUUUCAGUGGGGCAAACUACUUCAUUCCAAUGUGCUCCAACCUUGGGAUGUUCAUCUCUGCCAUUGCAUUUGGCAAGCUUUCAGACAAAAUUGGACGUAAACCAUGCAUCCUGGCAUGCAUGUACAUUGGGGUGUUGGGCUCUCUGCUCAAGUAUGCCGCAAGAGGCAACUUCUGGACAUUCUGUGCUGCAACAUUCUUGAAUGGGCUGUUUGGUGGCUCAGCUGCUGUGGGCAUGGCAUAUGCUAGUGAUGUCACUGAAAACAGACUCCAAAAGGAAGCACAAAUUGGAAUCAUAAUUGCCACAAGCAUGUUGGGAAGGACAGGAGGAGGGGCCACAGCCAUUCUCAUGGAAAGCAUUGGACUUUUUGCUCCCUUAUGGGUUAGUGCUGCAAUCAGUUUCCUUGCUGGCGUCUUAUGCCACCUGUGGAUGAUAGAGACUGUGCACAAGAACAAGCCAGAACAAGCAUUUGAAGCUACUAAGCAAGCCGACACCCCAGGCUAUUCUGCUUCUGAAGAUUCAGCUGAUGAAAAAGAUUUUGACAUGAAGACUCUGCUGCAUGUCCUUGCAGGGGAGCUAGCUGACCAUGUUGGAUCUCUAGGCCUUGUCCCACUUUGUCUCAGUCCUUUGAUGUUCAAUUCAUUCUAUGUGAACUUUGUCCAACAGAACCAAGACCCCAUUAUGAGUGCAACAGCCUACAAAUGGAUCUACAUUUUCCCUGCUGUUUUGGUUCUGCCUGGGGCCAUUGUGGCACCCUACCUCUUCAAGAAGUUUGGUCCAGCCCUUAUUGCCUCCCUCUCCAAUCUUCUGACUGGGGCUGUGACCAUUGCACUAUUGCACAUUGGCUUGAUGCAGCCAGCAACCACUACAACCUUUGCAGUGUUCAUUGUUGUCAUGUACCUUGCCUUCCCUCUGACAGUGAUCAGUCAAGUCUCCACAGGGCCCAUGUUGGAUCGUAUUGCUCCAGAAUCACGACGGGGUCAGAUCCAAGGCUUCAAUGCAGCAGCAAUGAACCUUUCCAGUGCCCUUGGUCCAUUUUUGUAUGGCCUUCUUACAGAUGCCACCAGCAUUGAAGUAACCCUGUACACGGCCACUGGUGUGAGUGCAUUGGCAGGUUUGAUCAAUGCAAUUCUGGUGAAAGAUCCCCGCUUUCGUCCAAACUAUGAUGAGGAGGAGAAGCAUUUUUCAAAAGAUCUUGAUCUUGAGAAGCAACCCUCUGUCGUUGACCCAGCAGGGCUCACAGAGCUAACAGAGCUGACAGAAAUUGAUGUGUAGCUCUCAUUUCAUAAAUCCCAAAGAGGAGUUCAAUAAAUCUACUAUUGGCUGUUCGCCGAGUUAACGCGUAUUGAACGGUUUCCGCCAACAUAAGAGCCAAAAGGACUGGGAUUCUUUAGUUCCUAUACCUACCGCAGCAACGGGCUGACCCGUCUCCAAUGACCC